GAGCCCCACUACUUAAACCAUAUCUCUUUCUCUGUCAUGGAAAAUUACCCAAUCCCAUUUCUCUCUUCUUCAACAUCAUCUUCUCUCUCUUCUUCUCAUCUCCUUCCUUUCUCUUCCAACAUGACCAACCCAAACAUCUUCACCAAUCUAGACAUGAAUUCAAAUGGGUUUUUCGAGAUGAACACACAGGUUGGCGUUCCAAAUCCACAUGUUCAUGGCACCUCUCAGAAUGGCACGUUUGGCGGGUCACAAAAUGAGAUAAAAUCGACUAAGAAAGGUGAAAAGAAGAUUAGAAAACCAAGAUAUGCUUUCCAAACAAGAAGCCAUGUAGAUAUACUAGAUGAUGGUUAUCGCUGGAGGAAAUAUGGGCAAAAGGCUGUCAAAAACAACCAACAUCCAAGACAAAACCGACAUGUACGACCAACAUACUGGUUUUGGACCAUGAUCAGCACAUGUGUUUUGCCUUGGAUUAUUUUUGCUAUUUUAAAUAGGGAACAAGCUGUGAAGAGAUGCCAACCCUUGAUCAACAUGAGGGCCCAUCAUGUUGUGUAUAUAGAUUAAUCCUGGCUGUUCAUACCCUUCAUCUAGUUAUAUGAAGCGCCAGAUAAAAAUCAAGUUGUUUUGCACUUCUGGUAGGAUCCUCUCUCACCUUGUUUCUUGUGUUAUAUCCUACUUGAGUUCUGUAUCGACUUGAUUUCUAGAUUAAGAGAUUACCGUGGUGGCCCCACAUUUGCCAGACACCAUUGUAUUGUGGUACUUGGUAUGAUUGAGGAUCGCUUUUGAUAGACAAGUUGAAUAUGAAACUUACAUCAUAUGACCCUACGUCUAACAAGUACCAUUUUUUGAGGUGGAGUUGAUAUCACUAAAGCACAUCUUGUAUAUGUAUGCAUGUAUGUGUAAAUGAGAGUAUAAGAUAUUAUAGAUAGUUAUCUA